CUUAAACCCUGCAGCCUGCAUGCACAUAUCCUCCAAUACAUCGAAACAACAUCCUAUCAUUACCUUCCAUAUCUAUUCUAUUCCUUUGAGGGUCCAGCAAUCACAAUGGCUGCCUUCCAACACUACGCCAAAGCUCAGUCGACGUUUCAAAUUCCCCUCCUCGGUGGUGACAAUGCCUACCUUGGCGAUGUCUUCUCUAGUGACGAGACGAACCCUGAAAAGCCCAUCUCCUCCGGACUGUUCCGACUCAAGAAGGGCGAGCCCCUCACAUACACAUACAAGUACGACGAGAUGAAGAUCAUUCUCGAGGGCGACUUUACGAUAUCCGAUGAGACCGGCCAGAAGGUCGAGGCCAAGCCUGGCGACAUUUUUCACAUUCCGAAAGGCUCGACGGUUACCUUCACAACAAGCGACUACGGCCUAGCCUUUUACGUUGGUCAGCGGAAGAAGAGCGAUUUCUAGGGUUCAUCAUGCGGCUUGACACCAUCAGGUUUUCAAUGCAGGCAGGUGCGGCGGCACAAAGGGUGCAAUAUGUAGAAGCAGUCAUACAUAGAGAAUCCGAGAAGCACUCAACAGGUAUACGGCUCG